AUGCGAAGGACAGGUCAAACAUUCUUCCUUUGCUAUCUUGGAAUCCAGACGUGGCUCCUUUUUGAGAUUAUUGUUAUGAUAACGCCCCCUGCUGUCGUUCAUGGAUUUUCAUUGGUAUCCUCUCCUCGUCAACAGAUAACCGACGCCAAAUGGACUAUGACGCCAUCCGUCUCUCUGUCACAGGCAAUAGAACCAUCAUCAGAUGUACCAGAAUCAUCAAGAGAUGAGGAUUCGUCAACAACAACAAUGACAAACAUACAAAUGGCCGCGUGGUGCCUGUCCCAACAACUCAUCAUGGUGUUGCAACGAGAAGAAUUGUCUUGGAGAAUACAACAAGAAGAGGACGACGAUGACGAUUUACAGUCCAUGGGCAGAAUCGCUAACAAGAAAAGAAAAAAGACCCAACAAAUGAUACGAUGGCUCAACACACGAUUGCUGUUUGGGUGCACGGCGUUGGAGUGGGUUCAACAACAAGCUGCAAGCACGACCACAAUGGACUAUGAUAAUUAUGAUUAUAACUACGAUAAGAUCGGUGAAGAUAUACAAGAGGAACUACAAGCCAUGCUGGACUUUAGUGAGUUUUCUUCGCCUUUCUUGGAUGACGAGGGAGGCGAGGAAUAUUUUGAUUGCGACGACAACUUUGCCCAAGAAUUUGGAACAGCAAAUAAUGUGUCGAGCGAAGACGAAAGGGAACUUGAUUCGUCAGAAGCACAAAUGGACAACGUCCAAGAGGAAUCGCAAUCUGGCGCUUCGUUACCAAUCUUCGACUUUGGAAAGCCACUCGAAAUUGUACAGUCGGAUGUUCCACCGUUGCGCAAUUGUUAUCCAAUGACAGCAGUGACAAACACGGAUUCUUCCAAUUUGAGGGACAGCAGGGCAAUCAAGAUAUUGGCCGACGAAGAAGAAUACAGUCGAGCCUUACUCUUUCAUGAUCGUGAUACAACAGAUGAAGCGGACGCUAUGAUUGAACAUCAAGAGGACGACAAAGAAGAUGAUGGUCUGUGGCCGGAAACCAGCAGUUCCAUUGAUUUUUUGGACGACCAACCAACAUUCGAAACUUCAAACAGAUACUCUAUCAAACAAACACCAGAGAUCCAGUCCAAUAGUAAUAUGGAGGGAACGAUAACAGAACCUUUGACUCCUCAAAUCAUCCCCAUGAAUGAUGAUGAUGAUGAUGAUGAUGAUGAUGAUGAGAAUGAAAGAUUGGGAAAUGGCCUCGACCACCACCAACAACAUCAACAAUUGAUCCUUGAAGCGACCAUUCAUGAUAUCGAUGUGACAGAGGGCAAAGACGCCAUGCCAGCUAACGUAUUGACAAAACAGUCAGAGGAAAUGGAUUCCCUUGUGGUCCAAGACGGACCAGUUGUGGACGAAGAACCAUCAUCGAUAUCAACAUCCAGCGCACUAUCACACGCUGAUAAAAUGAAACUAUACAAAGCCUCCGCUGUAAUUGCACAUUCCUUUCCAACCAACGAUUUCGAUCCUCCAAUUUGGACCCGAAAUGGAAAUCUACAAACGAUAGGAGGUUUCUUGGCGAGAGGAAAGAAUCCUGCCUUGGUCGAAUUCGAAUGGGACGAACGAAAGCGGAUGGAAACCCCUGACGGUGACUUUUUUGUUGUGGAUUGGAAAUUCUCGGAUCUGGAUGAGCAUGUGGGGAGACCUUCCAGCGAAGUGCCGCUUGUAUUGUUAUGUCAUGGCCUGCAAUCCAAUUCAGAUUCAAAUGUGGCCAAGGAUAUGGCUCGAGCAUUCAACAGUGUCGGAAUGGAUGUUGCUUGUAUCAACUUUCGUGGUUGUAGUGAUGAAAUUAAUCGUGGGCCGCUUGGUUAUCACCUCGGGUUCACUGAUGAUCUAAAGCUCAUGCUAGAACAUGUUUCACAGUCUAGAAACGGAAGCAAACUAUACCUAUCGGGGUUUUCCUUGGGUGCCAAUGUUGUGACAAAGCUCUUGGCAGAAUUGAAAACUGACGCUUUGACGAAAUACAACAUUCGGGGUGCUGCUGUUAAUGCACUACCGUUCGAUUUCCUCAAGGUUGGUCCCAACUUUAGUGACGAGGGCCUCACGAAAUCGUUGUAUGGAGAUGGACUACUGAAAUCGCUCACGGAAAGAGUGCUGGAGAAUUAUGAUGAUCAAAACUAUACCUUCUCGAAAGAGGAACUCAUGGAUUGCAAGACGCUGAGAGAAUUCGACGAUCUUGUGGUCUGUGAUGUUUACGAUUUUGAUGGCGUUGAUGACUACCAUCGCAAGUGCAGCACCAUCUCUGUUUUGGACCAAGUAGCGGUACCGGAACUUGUGAUUCAAGCGUUGGAUGACCCGUUCUUUCAAGGAAAUACAAACCCGACAAACAAUCCGAGCCAGCCUUUGCGAAUUCAAUACACGGAGCAUGGAGGGCAUUGUGGAUAUUGGAGAAAUGAAGGCCCAGACCAUGAUGCAACCUGGAUGCCCUUGCAACUCGCCAAGUUUUUGAAGCAUGUCGAUGAGCAGCAGUCUUCACUUCAUGCAUUGUACGAUGUGGAGUCAGAAGGUCACGACAACCCGGCAGACGUUGAUGACACCAGAAAACAAGACUUGGCUGAAGAACGACGACAGCGAGCUGCCUUGGUGUCCCACUCCUUCCAGGUCAAAGAUUACCGUCCUGCUUUAUAUGCAACAAAUGCACAUGUACAGACUGUCAUGGGGGCCCUCUAUCGCAAGGAGACCAUGUAUGCUUCUUCGGAUUUACCUUCCUUCCUCUCUGGAAUUUCCAAGUUCAAAGGUGCGGUUGGAGGAGAUGGUUUUCAGUGGGAGAACUUUCAUUGGGACAGACGUCAACGGCUAGAGACUCCCGAUGACGACUUCUUUGAUGUGGACUGGAAAACUUCCGGUGUCAACUUUGCAUCUGACGACACCCCGUUGGUUAUCAUUUGCCACGGCCUGCAGGCCAGCUCGGACAGUCCACUUGUCAAAGAUAUGGCGGAAGCAUUCCUAGGCCAUGGAAUGGGGGCAGCUUGUAUGAACUUUCGUGGAUGCGGUGGUGAGGUCAAUCGCACUCCUCGCGGAUAUCACCUCGGGUUCACAGACGAUCUACACCAACUUGUUACACAUGUGAAUACCGUCUACCCCAACAAACGCAUCUACUUGUCCGCAUUCUCACUGGGUGCGAAUGUGGUAACCUCCUUUCUCGCCAAUCUCGGUAGCGACGCGCAGAAGUACAGCAUUGCUGGCGCGGCGGUAAACGCGUUGCCAUACGAGGUUUCUAAAUCGACCAUGAAUCUGAAUUCGGAUGGUAUCACUAAGACUUUGUAUGCUGAUCGUAUAUUGGAAUCGAUGUACGAGAGAAUCGAAGAGAUGUAUGACUAUGGCAUUGAUUUUCCAUUUGAACGGGAGGCCAUUAGAGAUUGCAAAACGAUUAUGGAUAUGGAAAAUUUGGUAAUCGCUCCAUUCUUUGAUUUCGAGGAUGCCUGGGAUUAUUACGACAAAACAAGUACCCUUCGACGGCUGGAUGAAGUUGCCGUUCCAGAGUUGGUGAUUCAAUCGGAGGAUGACCCAUUUCUGCUUGGUCAGUCACAUGUUGCGAACAAAGCUGACAGGCCACUCAGGAUUCAUUACACCAAACACGGCGGCCAUUGUGGUCACGUCUUUCACGCCACUGAUCACGCUUAUCCAACUUCUUGGAUGCCAACCGAGUUGGCAAGAUUCCUCGCGCAUGUGGAUUUGUCCUUGAAAGUGGAUAAAUUCGCAUUUUCAAGUCAAUACAACCAAAACACUGAGAAAGAAAUUCUAAAUUAG